AUGGAAAAUAUGGAACCAUUAUUUAAACUCCUCAGUGAUUUUAAUGUAGAGGAUUUACCACCAAAGAGUGAAAAGAUGAUAACAAUUAGAAAUUCUGAUACUUUACCAAAAGUAUUUGAAACACUUUCAAUUAAUAAUAUUUUAUCAGCACCAGUUAUGAAUGAAAAUAAUCGACCAAUUGGAUUGGUAGAUUUUGUCGAUAUUGUUUGUUGUGUAGUUCAAAUUAUUAAACAUACAGAUCUAAUGGGAAAUGAUUAUUAUUCAUUCCUUGAAAGAGAUGAUUUAUUUACACAUACCUAUGCUUCUUAUAUUACUGAUUUAUCAGAAAGAAAUCAAUAUAUUCCAGUAGUAAAAGGAGCAUCAUUAUUGGAAGCCAUUACAGUAAUGGCAAAGAACCAAGUAAAUAGAGUACCAAUUGUAACCAAUGACUUUUCAAAUGGAGAACAAGGUAACCAAGUAGUCAACCUAGUCACUCAAUCUGCCAUCCUCAACUUUUUGGCCAAACACAUUGACAAGCUCGGAGAAUGGGGUACCAAGUCACUCUUAGAUUUAGGUUUCCAUGAAAAACCUGUCAUCUCUAUCAAUUUCCAUAAAACUGCAAUUGAAGCAUUUGAAUUAAUGGCUGAACAUAGAGUAAAUGGUAUAGCAGUAGUUGAUGAUAAAGGAGUUAUUAUUGCAAACAUUAGUGCAAGAGAUUUAAAGGAACUAUUAAAUGAAACUAGAAUAUUUGAGAAUCUGUAUCUCACUGUCGGUGAAUUCAUCUCUCGUGUACGCCAACAAGACUACAAGGCAGUACAUCCAAGUAUCAGUUGCAACAUGAACGACUCGUUGGACAAGUUGAUGACUCGUAUGUGUGCCGCCAAGAUUCAUCGUGUCUAUGUAGUCGACCAAGAUCGCAAACCUGUCGGUGUCAUCUCUCUACACGACAUUCUUGAAAAGAUUCUUGAACAAUUAACUUUACCAGAUGUUCAAAUUAGAAGUUAA